UUUAAACUUGAGUCUUCAAGGAAGAAACCAGACGGUUUCAGAUUUGGUCGGAAUAAUAAACGGAUUCCGGAAUAAGCUAAACGUGUUUAAACAUGCUUUGGAAAAGAACAACCUAACACACUUCCCUAGCUGCCUGAAACUAGCAGAAGAACCCAACAGUGAGAAAAAUAUUGACUUUUCAUGCUGCAGUUCACAAAUUCAACAAGUUAUUAAUGAAUUCAAUACACGAUUUAAAGAUAUUGAAAGUCUCAAAAGCAGUGUACUGCUUUAUAAUAAUACUCUUGGAGCAUCCAUUGAAGAUCAACCACCUGACUUACAACUUGAGUUAAGUGACCUUCAAGCUGACAUGUUCCUAAGCACCAGACAAGAAAAGGGACCUGAAUUUUUUUAA